AUGAAUGCUCGUGUUUAUGAGCUGCACCCUUUGUCAGAAGAAGAGAGUUGGAAACUGUUUUGUGCUUUUGCCUUUGAGGGAAAUCAGCCACCGCAUCAUCUUGAAGGGAUUGCUCAUCAAAUCGAAAGGGAAUGCGGAAGAUUGCCCUUGGCUGUUAAAACAGUGGCAGCGUCUCUGGCGAACGAGACUUUGUCAAGCAUAGCAAAAGAAAUUCAAUGUGCAUUUAGUGUAGAGGAAUCCUUCAAAAAAGGUCCAGUUGUGCAAACGAGCAGUAGGUGCCGGAGGAUUUUAAUGGGCAAGAAAAGCAUAGGUGAUGGUGAUUUAGAUGUAAUGGCAAGCAGCCAGGCAUAUUCAGCAUCACGUAUUCGCACUCUCUCUUUCCCACAAAAUAAAGGCAUUGGAAAUAUUCCAGCACUCUUGCUUAGUGGUGCAAGAUUAUUGCGUGUUCUUGACUUGAUUGACACUGCCAUCUCGUCAUUGCCAGAUUGUGUUGGAAAUUUGAAGUUACUCACAGUUUUGAAUUUAAGCAGAAACCAAAUUGCCGAGGUACCAGAAUGUUUGAAAAGCAUUAAGAGUCUUCUCUUCCUUGACAUUUCUAAAUGUUCGAAUCUAGAAGGGUAUCCUGUGUGGAUUGGUGAGCUCAAUUGCCUGAAAAAUUUGGAUAUGAUUUUAUAUACUACAAAAUUUGAUGGACAAAUGCCGAAGGGAAUGUCAAAGCUUGUGUCUUUAGAGGUAUUGAAAAUAGAUAGUUGUAACGAACUAUCUGUUGACAAGAAUGAAUUCUUGAGGUUGGAGCAUUUUGUCAAUUUGGUCAACCUCCGUGAAGUGCGGAUAGACAUUCGUCACGAAACUGAAUUGGAAAGUAUAAAAGAUGGGAUCCUUGCCAGGUUGGUGAAGAUGCGUAAUCUAACAAUGGUCAACGAUGCUAGCUAUGAAGGUAAUCUUUUGGAGGAAAUGCUAGGUAUGAAGGAUCUUGAAUACCUUUACCUAGAAAGGGUUCGGAAAGCCCGGGGGAUUCGUCAAUUAUGCUAUUUUAAAAUUCGUGAUUUUUCCGUGUUAGAAGAGUUUCCAGAAUUAGAGGAUGGAGCAAUGCCACAUCUUGAGCUACUAGAGGUAGCGCGCUAUUCCAAUUUGAACAAAAUUCCACGUGGAUUGGAGCUCCUCAAAUGUUUGAAAAGGUGCGGCUUUAAGUGGACAGGAGUGGAUGAUAUGUUGGAGGAGGGUGGGGAAUUAUGGGAAAAAAUAAAAGCUAAUAACUCUAAUGUUAUUAUUAAUACAGGGUAUUAG